UUAACUUGAGCAAUUUAUUCCAUUCUUAAAAGACGUAAGGAAGCUGCAUAAUGAAUAUCUUAAUACUCACUGCGUUGAUAUCAUGUGCUGGUACACAGAUUGCGAUUGGAGCAUCGAAUAUAGUCUUGAUCGUAGCUGAUGAUUUGGAUUUAACGAUCGGUGGAAUGACACCACUCCGAAACACGAAGAAGCUUAUUGGUGACCAGGGAGCUGUUUUUGCCAACUGCUUUGUUAAUUCGCCGAUCUGCUGUCCCAAUCGAGCCUCAAUCCUGACUGGUCGAUACCAGCACAAUCAUUUGACCGUCAACAAUUCGAUUGCUGGUGGUUGCAGCAGUCCGAAAUGGCAGAAAUACCUAGAGCCGAACACGUUUGCAUCACAGAUAAAACGUCAUUCAUCCUCCUACACCACUUUUUACGCUGGAAAAUAUUUGAACCAGUAUGGAAGCAGCGCAGCAGGCGGGCCAUCGCAUGUUCCACUUGGCUGGGAUUGGUGGGCUGGGCUAGUCGGCAAUUCGAAAUACUAUGACUACACAUUGUCCAUAAAUGGCACCGUCAAAAAGUACGGUGCUAAGCCCGGCGAUUAUCUCACUGACGUGAUCGGAAAUCUUGCGAUGGAUUUUUUGAAAACGCGAAAUACUAAUAAUGACCAUCAGUUCCUCAUGGUUCUGGCACCACCAGCUCCUCACGCACCCUUCACACCGGCACCGAGACACGACGGCGCCUUUAAAGGGACGAAAGCGAUGCGAACACCGAACUUCAACACUCAUCGACAGAGGGAUAAGCAUUUUUUGACACGCUUUGGUAGAGCGCCGCUGCCGGAUUCUGUCUUGCCGAAAUUGGACGAAAUUUACAGACGUCGCUGGGAGGCAUUAUUAGCUGUCGAUGAUCUGGUACAAAACGUUUACAAUACACUCGUUGAACGUCACUUGAUGAACGAUACUUACAUUAUUUUCACAUCGGAUAACGGUUAUCACGUCGGACAAUUCAGUUUGCCAUUCGACAAACGUCAGCCAUACGAAACAGACAUUCGAGUUCCCUUACUGAUUCGCGGUCCAGGCAUUUCGAAGGGGAUCGUGCAGUAUCCGGCGAGUAGCGUCGAUCUGUUUGCAACUAUUUUAGAUAUGGCUGGUAUGGAUGCAGAAUCCGACGGCACUUCGCUGCUAAGUCAUUACCUGCAUACUGACAGAACACUGCUUAUCGAAUACAGAGGCGAGAAAUCGGAGAAACCGCAGAGCUCUGGAUGUCCAACGGACAGUGAUUCAAAUAUGGCUCUGUGCAGCGCGGAUUUUGCGUGCAAAUGUCAGGAUUGCAAAAACAACACAUACAGCUGUAUCAGAAGAGUGGCUAUAGGGGAUGACAAUCUCUUCUGCAUCUUUGAAGACGACGAUAAUUAUGUUGAGGCGUAUGAUUUGAAAACGGACACUUUUCAACUAACCAAUAUUGGGUACAGUAUGUCUUCUAGACGACGACAUCUGUUUAGAAAUCGCCUCAAAAAAGCUGUAGUUUGCAAGGGUAAUGAUUGCGUGAUGACUGGCACGCAAUUAAUCGAUUGAAUACACACUAAUAAUUAUACACAACAUUUCAUUAUUCGUGAAUCAGUCCAAUAUAAUUAUUAAUUUUUUUUUUAUCACUAUGGCUGCUUCUUUUUAUAAUUUACAAGCUGUGAAAUUGUAUUUUUG